AUGGACCUACACGGAGUUUUCAAACCUUCAAGCGCGAAACACAGCAUCUCUGGGUACUCCGAGGAAGGAUUCAUUGUUCGGCCGGUCGCGUCUACUGCGUUUACCGAGCCCACCGAGCCCACCGUGCUGACUGAAUCUGUCGCGCUUCUCCCAGCCUUGAUGUGGAUCAUGUCCGCUCUGCCUACAGCGGUAUUCAAGUCUCACAUCGAUCCUUCAACUGAUCACCUUCCUCAGAGUGCGACUCUAUAA